GGGCGCACGUGGCGCCGGGCUGAGGUGAGCGGCGUGCGGCCUCUGGUGCAUUGGUGAUAGCAGUAGAGGAGUGUUGUGUCUGGGUCAAGUGUGAACACUGCUGAAAGGCCCUUGAAAACAAAGAGCUGAAGAGAAUGCCUCACAUGUCUACAGUGCGUGCAGACUUGGUGCCUCACUGUCUUGUAUGGAAGCUGAAAGAGUGAAUCAGAGAAUGGCUCGGGUUGGAAGAGACCUCAAGGAUCAUCAAAGCUCCAACCUCCCUGCCACAGAAAGAAUCCUUCCAUGUGUGUGACCACUGGCAUUGGGUGCUGGCCUACUUUGUAAGGAAAUAAGUCCAUUUUUGGAGUAUUGCUUUACCCUUCUCUGCCUUAACUGAAACAUCCAUAAUAGAAUCACAAGGUUGGAAAGGACCUACAAGAUCAUCUCGUGCAACUGUCCUCCCACUGCCCUUGCAACCACAAGCCACUAAACCGUACCUUGUAGCUGAAGUCUCAUUGGAGUGAGGAGAGCUGACCCCCACGGGAACUGCUGUGAUUCCCCCGAAAUUCAUUUUAUAACACAGAAGAGAAGUCUAAUUGAGCCUGCUGUAGUUCUACUCCAUUUUUUGCCUUGUUCUCUGCCUAUGCAGAAGUUGGGCCCAGAAGUCUCCUGCAGCUGCAGUGAUACAACUGUUUGUGGGCUGUGACUGCAAGCAGCCUUUUAGAGCAGAAGUUAUUCCUCAGACUCCCGAUAGCUUCAAGAACAGCGUUUGAGAUGUCUGCAGUUGAGAAGAUCGAGGAGCAGUUUGCCUGCCUGCGCAUAGCAAAGCGCUCUGUGCUAAGUGAGGAGCCUGCUUACCUGCUGGAUAUAGACAUCUCCGGAUCUGCUCAGUCUGAAAGCAGUUGCUUUGUGGCAGUUUCAUGUUCCAAUAAAUCCAUUAGGGUCUAUAACAGAGAAACACUGAACUUCCUGCGGGAGUACAGUAGCUGUCCUGGGACACUUAACGGCGUCAGAUUUGCACAUGCGUGUGACAGCUUGGUGUUCUCUGCGUGCAGUGAUGGUACAGUAAAAUGUUGGGAUAUUCGUUUAGCAACUCAGAAAGCUGCGCAGGUAUUUAGUGGCUAUCCUUCCAACGUGUUUAUCAGUUUUGAUCUCAAUUGCAGUGAUCUCAUGAUUUGUGCUGGAACAGAAAAAGUAGAAACGGAUACAUUCCUGGUGUUUUGGGAUGCGAGAGGCAGCACGGACUGUGCCAGCACAAUGAGGGAACCUUUGGGAGUGUACUCUGAAAGUCACAAUGAUGAUGUCACUAAGAUUUGUUUUCAUCCUGUCAAACCCAGUUUGGUCGUUUCUGGGUCGACUGACGGCUUGGUGAAUGUGUUUGACAUUAACAAGGACAACGAAGAUGAUGCUUUGAUAUCAACCUGUAAUUCAGAUUCAUCAGUAAGUUUUAUUGGCUGGUCUGGGAAAGAUUAUGAACAGAUCUACUGCACGACUCAUGAUGAGGGAUUUUGUUGGUGGGACCUUGCUCAGUUAGAUACUGAAGAACCAAUAAUGCUGUUGCGUGUUCUGGACGCCAGAGACUCAGUCUGCAUUGAAAAUGGCAGCUUAAAUUACCUGGUAGGAGGGAUGUACCAUGAAAAGGCUGACAGACUCUUUCUGAUCGGAGGAACGGCAACAGGAGACGUUCACCUGAUAAGCUGCAGCGCUGCUGGGCUGAGCCUGGUGGGUACCCUUCCAGGGGGGCACUCUGCCACCGUUCGCUCUUUCUGCUGGAACCUGGCAGAGGAGUCGCUGUUGACAGGAGGAGAGGAUGCCCAGCUGUUGUUGUGGAGGCCCGGAGCCGUGGAACGCUCCCUGGCAAAGAAGGUGUCCAUGAAGAUUGCUUCUUCUGUGCAGAAGAGAGUGAGAGUUCACAACAGUUCCCUCAAAAGCAGGAAAAAAUAAAAUUCUGGGAAUGGGAGCCUGCUUUGCAGAGGUUUUUCUGUUUGUUUCAUCCUUCCAGGCAGCACUUGGCUGCUGCUUUACUUGGAGGUGUUCUGUGGAAAGAACUGCAAUACAUGAAUUCUGUUUGGGAACUUACAUCACUCAUCAGAGGAAUGCUUUUUUUUUUAUUUUUUUAAGUUGCUAAUAUUAAUCUGAGAAGAGUAAAUGUUUGCUCACUGGUUCAUGAAGAAUGCAUCUUCAAUCAGUUUUUAUAGAAAUACUUUUUAUGGUUGUUUAGUGUCUCAGCCAACAUUUUAAUGCAUAAUAUAGGCUUGUGACUUGCAUAAUUUGUUACUUUCCCAGUGAAAUUCCCUGUCAUGUUUUAAAAGCUUUUGUAUUUCAAGCUGUGUUUUUCUUUCUUUACAGAGAACUUAAUGAAAUUGCUCAAUAUAUUAAAA